GCUGACGCGGUGGUGGUGCCUAUUAAUCAUUCACCAGCCCCGAGCCGCGCCAGUUAAUGGCUGUGGCGCGCCGGGGCUCGAGCCGCUUCCCGCUCCGCGCUCCCGAGUGCCCAGGCGCCCCAGAGCGGCCGGAGGCAGGGCGCCCGCCGCCGGGCGAUGCGCCCCGCCGGCGUGGGUAGGAGCCGCGCUCCCGGGAGCUGCUGCGCCGCGCUGCCAGGCACCGGGUGGCUGUGAGCGGCGGGCGAUCGGCCGGGUGUCCAGGGAGGGCGCAGGCGGCCGAGACGCCAGGAGGGUGUCCCCAACGCCGUCAGCCCCACCGGCCCCCCUCAGCUGGGAUGUUCCCCAAUGGCACCGCCUCCUCUCCUUCCUCUUCUCCUAGUCCCAGCCCGGGCAACUGCGGCGAAAGCGGCUGCAGCAGGGACCCCGGGACCGGCGCUGCGGACGGCAUGGAGGAACCGGGACGCAACGCAUCCCAGAAUGGGACCUUAAGCGAGGGCCAAGGCAGCGCCAUCCUGAUCUCGUUCAUCUACUCCGUCGUGUGCCUGGUGGGACUGUGUGGGAACUCCAUGGUCAUCUAUGUGAUCCUGCGCUACGCCAAGAUGAAAACGGCCACCAAUAUCUACAUCCUCAACCUGGCCAUCGCGGACGAGCUGCUGAUGCUCAGCGUGCCCUUCCUGGUCACCUCCACGCUGUUGCGCCACUGGCCCUUCGGCGCCCUGCUCUGCCGCCUGGUGCUCAGCGUGGAUGCGGUCAACAUGUUCACCAGCAUCUACUGUCUGACCGUGCUCAGUGUGGACCGCUAUGUGGCCGUGGUCCACCCCAUCAAGGCAGCCCGCUACCGGCGGCCCACCGUGGCCAAGGUGGUGAACCUGGGCGUGUGGGUGCUCUCGCUGCUGGUCAUCCUGCCCAUCGUGGUGUUCUCGCGCACGGCGGCCAACAGCGACGGCACGGUGGCCUGCAACAUGCUCAUGCCCGAGCCUGCCCAGCGCUGGUUGGUGGGCUUCGUGUUGUACACCUUUCUCAUGGGUUUCCUGCUGCCCGUCGGGGCCAUCUGCCUGUGUUACGUGCUCAUCAUCGCCAAGAUGCGCAUGGUGGCCCUCAAGGCCGGCUGGCAGCAGCGCAAGCGCUCGGAGCGCAAGAUCACGCUCAUGGUGAUGAUGGUGGUGAUGGUGUUUGUCAUCUGCUGGAUGCCUUUCUACGUGGUGCAGCUGGUCAACGUGUUCGCCGAGCAGGACGACGCCACCGUCAGCCAGUUGUCUGUCAUCCUCGGCUAUGCCAACAGCUGUGCCAACCCCAUUCUCUACGGCUUCCUGUCGGACAACUUCAAGCGCUCUUUCCAGCGCAUCCUGUGCCUCAGCUGGAUGGACAACGCCGCCGAGGAGCCGGUCGACUACUACGCCACGGCGCUCAAGAGCCGCGCCUACAGCGUGGAGGACUUCCAGCCCGAGAACCUGGAGUCUGGCGGCGUCUUCCGCAAUGGCACCUGCACGUCCCGGAUCACCACCCUUUGAGCCGGGGCCCCACGGGGAGCA